GAAGGCUUCACCUGUCACCUCGGCAGCCCGCGGCUUCAGGAGGGGCGGCGGCCGUCGGCGCGUCCCGCUUCUGGCCCUUCCUGUCUGGCAAUUCGGCCGGCCGACCCCGGCAGGGAGGUGGGCGGCGGCCUUGGUCCCUGCCAACAUGAUCCAUUUCGUAUUGCUGUUCAGUCGACAAGGGAAAUUAAGGCUGCAGAAAUGGUAUACCACACUCCCUGAUAAAGAGAGAAAAAAGAUCACUCGAGAAAUCGUACAGAUGAUUCUAUCUCGUAGUCAAAGGACAAGCAGUUUUGUUGACUGGAAGGAUCUAAAACUUGUUUAUAAAAGAUAUGCUAGCUUAUAUUUUUGUUGUGCGGUAGAAAAUCAGGACAAUGAACUGUUGACGCUAGAGAUUGUACAUCGUUAUGUGGAAUUACUAGACAAGUAUUUUGGAAAUGUCUGUGAGCUGGAUAUUAUAUUUAAUUUUGAAAAGGCCUAUUUUAUCCUUGAUGAGUUUAUAAUUGGUGGAGAAAUCCAGGAAACCUCAAAGAGAACGGCUGUCAAGGCUAUAGAAGACUCUGAUAUGUUACAGGAGACAAUGGAAGAAUACAUGAGCAAGCCUGCAUUUUAACUGAAAAAUCUACUUGACAACCCAAUGAUGCUGCAUGUCAAAACUUCAGCUGGAUGGGGUUCUUUUCUGAUGUGCCAGAGCCUUAUGCCAAAAAUAACUUAAAUGGAUUGUGUGUGAAACUUCUUGGAUACUUUGGGAUACUGUGUUCAACUAGCAAGAUUUAAAACUGUAGCAUAUUUGUAACAGGUGCAUAUGUAUAUUAUUCUCUGUGCGUGGAUUCUCUUGACUGGAACUUAAAAUAACCAUCAUUCAAUAGAUUGCACAUUUUGUUUAUACAAUAAUUUUACCAGCAAAGUAAUAAUUUUAAAAUAUUUUUUGAGAAACAAUCUAUGCUAUAUUUUUGCUAGUAUUCUCAAAGUACAAGUUGGUAACUAUUUUGUAAAAGUUUUUAUGAAUGUACUACCUAUCUUGGACUAAAAUAAUACUUUUGUCUAA